AUGGCUAUUAUCUCCUCUUUAAUCUACAUCGCAUUUGGUAUCGCAUUCCUUACUUGCACAAUCCUCCACGGACAGACAUGGGCAAAUUGGUGUUGGAGAUGGGCGAUUAUUGGGUCACUUUUCGACUCAUUGUUUGCGAUAAGAAAGAUCAAGACAGCCACCCAACAACCCCAGCUAGUUCUGGUGUUCUUAUUCUCAAUCGCCUUUGUGGAGACACUUUUGGUCAUCAUCAGCCCGGCAAUUCCUACACCUGUCGUUGCCCGAUAUAUUACUUUUGGCGCGAUCAUCUGCCACGUUCUCUGGACCUCUCUCUCAGCUUUAUUCUUAUUGCCCCCUGCACUAUCACGAUGCAAGAUGGUUCGCUUGGGUGCAAGUGUAGGUCAGGGUCUUGGUGCUAUAGCGUCAAUCUGGACUCCAUUGGGUUUUGUGGUUUUAUUUUGCUCUUGUUCAAUCAUUGUGUAUGUGGGAGAGCUCCACCAGUCUCGACAGCCCCUUUUGCCUAUCGCCUCUACCAACAUCCACUCAACAUCCAAGAGCCGUCAGAAAUACAAAAUUGUCUUUUUCGGUCAAGGGGUAGAGAGAACUCAGUCACUACAGAAAGCGCUAAGCUGGCCACGGAUAAGUCGAGAUGCUGGUGGUUUGAUCAUGUAUGAGCAUCCCACGAGGAAUGAUACAACUCUCAUCAGCGUGCAUCCUAGGAUCGAGGCGGAGACCGAUGGAUGGCAAUACAUGCGCUGCCUAAUACGUGGGGCGACUGCUGUUGUGUUGGCGUUCAACUUAGGCAACCCGGAGUCCUUCAAGUACAUCAAAGCACUGAAGGGUUUCCCUGAAGAGCAACCUGGGUUAUUGGUUGGGUAUCCAAAUGCACAGGGGGAGUCUUUUGUCUCCGAAAAGGAUGCCCAGGAUCUGGCACGUGAGAAAGGAUGGGGUUUCACCAUGUCUAACGACGUGAUACCGGCAUUUGAGGAUUUACUUGGCAAAAUGUUCGCAAAGCCUCACCCAAAGGGUAGGCCUUGUUUGGUUUAA